CCAGCAGGUAUAGGGGUUUUGGGUAUCUUGCUCAAGGGCACUUCAGCAGAUCAUAAACUGCCUAUAUAGGCCUAUAGAGCGAGGAGGACGUGCACGCCCCUGUCGGUUGUACAUGGAAGUGAUCCAGAUCAUGAGGGCUGGACUGGAUCCAGGUGCAAAAAAAAAAAAAAAAGAAGCCUGGCAGGAUCAUUAAGAAGGAGCUCUCCACUGGAGCACACACACUCACACACACACGCACACACACAGUCAGAGCAGAGCAGAGCAGAGCAGCUCUCAUCCUGAUCGGUGCCAGACGCACAGUCCACUUUUUGGGUUUUUGUCGCGACUUUUACUACAUUUGUGUUUUUUUUUUUAACUUAAAAAUAAUAACACCUUAAUAGUUCACUUUGGUGUCAAGUUUUUUUAAGUUUGUGGUUGAUUUUUCCUAUUUGUUGGAAUAUAAUUUGGGGAUUGAAGGUGGACACUUCACAGAAGUCAUCUUGAAAAAAAAAAAAAAAAGUUCUCCCAGGAUUGUUUCUUCUUUUUCGACGCGCAGCUUGUGUCAGCGCGCCUUCGUCUGGUGGUGGUGUUUGUUUUUCUUUGACUUUGAGUCGUCCCAGAAAUGGUGGGGCACCUACAUUUACAAGCGAUGGAUGAUAGCCUGAAAGGAAAGAACCGAGAAGGGCUGCUCGACAGUCCGGAUUCGGGUUUACCUCCCAGUCCCAGUCCGCCUUUCUGCUCCCUCUCUCCGGCUCCCAUCGAGUCGAGAUCCGGCAGCUGCACGACGCCCGUCGAAAGCCAUCAUGGAUAUUAUAAAAAGGAAAGCAGAGAAGGCAAACUGCUGCCCUACCUGCUGCUGAACUCCACGGGCACGGACCCAAAGACUCGCAUGCACCCCGUGUUCUUUGGAGAAAGCAUCGAGGUUAACCCCAAACCAGAGCAGGAAAUCAAGUGCAAUUCCGAGGUAAAGUACGACUCCGACAAGCACUACCGGGACCGAGUGUUCUGCGCCCCCGUUCCCACGCCCACCUCCUUCAGUGAGACAGUGGUGGCAGUGCGCAACUGCACCUGGAGGAGCUACAAGUCCCAGGUGUACCUGGAGCCGAGGCAGAAACCCAUCAGCUACCAGAGCACCACCAUUAUCUACCCGAAACACGCCAAGAACACUUUCCGCACCACGCUCAACUACAACGCCACGGGCUCCCGCCGCUGGUUUGUCUCCACGGUGCAGCUGGAGUCGAGUGAGGAUACCAGUCCCUGUAUCAUCUACACAGAGGACCUGUAGGGCCCAGAAUGCACUGGGAGAGGGCUGCCUGGUGGUUUGUUUCGGAGGACGAGGAACUUGGGAAGGCCCGCAUUGGAAGGGAAAUACUUCAAGUAAUACCCGGAGCCCCUAAAAACCCUACUCUGUUCAUCUUUACUCGCCAUGGAGGAAACUCUUGGAACCCUUUAGUGACAUUUCACCUGUAUUUAGACUUUCUACUGAUGCAGUCUUUAAAAAGGGAGUCUGUCCUCUGGCAGUUUAAAGCUGCACUUCAAUGGUUAAUGUCUUAUUUAAUAUACAAGAGCUGACAAAUUGGUGGCCUUUGCUCUCUUUCAGGUUUUAUUGUAACCUCAGUGAAGGCAACAGACGGUAGACGUCUGCGUAUGUAGAGAAGAGUCAACAUGACACGCGUGGUGGAUUUCAGCCGAGCCUGCGCAAACCCAGUCACACCAAUGCAAAGCUUUCUAAUAUGGCUUUAUUGCACUUGUUUUCUAUAUAUCACAGUCCUCCCAGUGGACUUGACAUUGCAUUGGGGGGGGUUUCAGUACUGCAUAUGAAAAAUUGGACCAAAGAUAUUUUUGAAACAGUUUAUCUCUUUGUAAUAACUCCACAUACUGAGACAGAACACUUGCUUUUGUUGUAGCCUAACACACGUUCAAACAGCAGCUUGUCUAGUCUGAUCAAGCAUUUAAUUAAACUCAAGGGCACAUUGCAAGGUGUCCUGUUCAUUCACCAGAGUGGUCUCUAGAAUUAAAACUGAAGGAUCACAGCGCAAUAACCACAGAGAAUAUUUGAAAGCCUCUGAAAACUUGGUUUCAAAUCUUAGGUUCUCUGUAACAUUGAAUAUUCAGCCGUGUUGGAUCACUGCAGUUAUGGUUUUUACACCUGUUAAUCCUAAUGUCCGUUAAAACUUAAUUUGAAUACUUUGGUGAAGUAAAUGUCGGCAUUAAGGGUGCUUUGGUAAACAGGUUCUUUGUUAGCUUGUUUGGCUGCAGAGCAACAAUCAAUGAAGUUUUGGGGGAAAAACAUCCUUAGUUAUUAUUUAUUAAGAGUUGAACACUUAUAAAACCCAGUUAAUCUGCUUCACCAGGACAACACAUCAUCUAUAGGGAAUGGGAAUGUGACGUCACCGACAGCAAGUUGGCCAUUUUUGGAGGAUAAAGCGUGAGAGUGCCAUCCGCUGGCUGUUUACUUCAAAUGUCAAAUAACACAAAACACUGCACAGUGAAUACGAUUAAAAAACUGAAUUGUAGUAUAUAUAGCAUAGAGUCAUUUGGCAUUCUACCUACCCGUUUGUAAAUUGGACAUCGCCCUCCAAAGAUUAACAUAUUUUAAACUGCUGACGGGUGUUCACCAACGCCAAAACACAUCAGUGACCGUAUUGGGUGCAAGCUGUCAAGGUCCUCCUAAUUUGCAAGGAUCAAUAUCAUAAACCAACUUCAAUUUUGUAACAUAAGGCCCCUUUUGCCUCUCUCAGCUUCUAUUUAUAUGGGUGACCAGUGACAGAUAAUGACAGUCUACCGUAGCUCCGUACGCUACCCUCCAAAAAUGGCGGCGCGCCCCAGAAUGCUCCGUGAUUCCCAUUCCCUAUAGUUCGUUAAAAGAUGAUUGAGAACUUGCAUUGUCUGGUUUGCUUUUAUUCCAAUCAGUGAAACUGUUUGUUUUGAACCUGCUUUGGUGUCAGAUGGUCGAGCUCGUCACACAAAGUGCCAAAGACAAUCAGGGGGAAGUGUUUGACGAUUUGAAUCAUUUCUCUGUCACUUCUCUUGGUACUGAACAAAGUGUACUGACUCACUCGUCUACUUCUCCAUGACAGUCAAACACAAAAACAAUUUCCAACUGCAAGUGUCUGGAUGGUUUAGUGAUACAAGAAAUCAACAUUUCAACUGCCUCUCAAAAUAACAGGCUAACACUCUUCUGAAUUAGGUGGCACCAGCUAUUCGUAAAUGCAUCACUAAGUUUGUGCACUAGUCGUUAAACUUGUGAUUUAUUAAUCAUGUUGCACCAUUAAAACUUGAGGAAAGUCGAAUACUUGCUAGGAAACAUCUGCAGCUCAAAAGAAAAUCAACGCUGUAACUAAACAUGAAGUCACUGUAGCGUCAAAAGUUAUAGUUUUAGGGGGCAAAUGAUAUAUUAAACUUAACUAGUAAUCUUUUGUAAAUGUAGGUAAUACGUUAUUUUAUUUACGAGUGCAUACAUGGAGAAAUCUGUGUUUUUCAGUGUAAGCAUUCUAGCAGUAUUUGAUUAUGCUAACGUUAUUCACUCAUUUAGUCCGACAUUAUUAAUAUCACGUUACGUAAUUUUAGUAAUUUUGUUACUUUAGUGAAAUUUGAUUUUAAAUCUUCCCAAUUGUUGGUCAGAUGUUUCAACCAUAUUGCAUACUCUUCACUCUAAACAGGUUAUAUAUUAGCAAACUAAUUUAUUUUUUAAUUAAAUUUCACACAUAUUUAAUAACAACUACUUUGUGUGAUAUAAUUUACAACCCCUUUUGAUUUAGUGAAGUAUAAAUCUCUACCUAAACAUUUAAACAUUAUAACUAUAGGCUUGAAUUUACGAAUAGCUGGUGCAACCGAGUGUUUCGAAUGUUGUUUUCGGAUAUCAACAAAUUGUCAUUGUGGGCGUGUUUCUGAUCCGAGGUAGCUGAAAAGCAUCCAACCCCUCUGUAAUUACCGACAUGUAAAAAGUGGAGCAGUGAAACCACAUCAGAUUUCCCUGUUGGAGAUGUAAAAUAGAUUUUUAUUGAGCUUUUCAUGACUUCUUUUUGUCUGUCUUGUAUAUUAUUGUAUUGUAUGUAUAUUGUAUAUUUAGAAAAUGGCAAAUAUUGAAACUUCAGACUUUACCUCAAAUUUUCAUAGGUAUCAGUUUUACUUCAUUGUAAAUCCAUUUUCCAGACUUUCAGCUGAGGUUUUGAACUUGCGGUCUUGGUAUUUUUUUUUUUUAGUUUGAAAAACCCUCCAGGUAAGUGUAGGAGACACACGGAGGGCACGAAGCUGAGGUGGUGCAUCAGUACUGUAAGAUGGGUACUGGGUUUUAAUGAGGGAACAGUAAGUAGCGAUACAAAGAGCAAGACAAGAGGAGAGAAGUCAGAUCUGCUCUUUCAAAAGAAACAUUAAAGAUGAGAUGAGGAAAUCGUUCUAAAGAUGGCUUUUUUAUACUAAACAGUAAAGUUCCUGGCAAGAUGAUGGAGAGUUUUGUUAUGUGUAGAUGGUCUGCGAAAUGUCAGAGAGUGAUGAGAGAAAGUUGGUGUCAAGUUUAAUGCGUUGGUGGUUUUUAUGUGAGAUACUUUUGUGUUUCCUAACACUUGAUUUUGUUACUGUAAAAUAUUUUCCUGUUGUAUAUGUGGCAUCGAGGCACUUCAUAAUUCUCUUUAUAUUUUUGUACGUCAAUCAUCGUUCUUGUUCUGAUCAAAGAAAAUAAUUUAAAAAGAUGUAUAUCCUAAAUGAAUAAAAAGAAGCAAUUCCCAAACCCUAA